AUGCCCUUGCUCUUUCACUUUCUCUAUGGACGGACUACAAGGCCCUCAAAUCGAAGCCUUAGAACGGCUACAAAGUAUCCUUGGUCCACAUGACACAGAAUUUGUGGUUAGCGUGCUUGAAAGUGUGGCAUGGGAUGUUCAAAAAGCCACAGACCUCCUGUUCGACAAUGAAGUUCCUAAAGUUUUAGCACCAACACAAACCGCUAGCACUCCAAUGGCACAGCUGGAGUUGGAUGAUACUGAAGACUCCUCAGAGUCCUCACCCACAAUCCGACAUUCUCACCGUGGCCAGGGUAACCCGCGGUCAAAUUGGAGCUUUCUAUGGUCUCUACUCGCUGUUCCUUUGCACCUCGUGUCUGGGGUGCUGCGCUUUGUGUUUAGCGUUCUCCGCAUACCAAUCCCGUCCCUGCCAUUUAUGACCACCAACUCCUAUCACUCUCACCGCCCCACCUCUCCAGAUUCGCGCAGCAUCACCCAGAGGUGGGUGCAAGAACUCGAGGAAGAAACAGGUGCAUGUUCGUCGAAACGUUCGAUGCCGAACGCAGUCACGACAGGAUUCGAGGCGGGACCAUCAACUGCAAGACGUCAUACAUAUCCACCUGCGGCUUCGGAUGAUAAUCAGAAGAUCCUACCAGACUUCUAUGAUGGCAGUUAUGAGGAGGUUCUUGACAUUUGCCAGAGAGAAGGGCGCAUAGCAUGUGUUGUCCUCGUGAGCGCUGAACAUGAUGACGAUGCAGAUUUUAAGAGGUCUGCCCUUACCGACACAACUUUUGUCAAGAUCUUGCUGGAUAACGAUUUCAUUGUCUGGGGCGGGGACAUCAGGGACAAAGCUGCAUGGGAUGCUUCUCAAAAAUUGCAAGCGACUACGUAUCCUUUUGUGGCUUUUCUUGCCCUUCAGCCCAGGCGUCAUGGCGCUCCCUCUAGCGCUGCCCCGGUUGUCACCAUUUUGUCGCGUCACCAGGGUCGUGCAGCCGCGACUGCUCCGGUUCUGAUCGACCAUCUCAAUACGCAGCUACUGCCACGUAUAACGCCGUUCCUGGCACGAUUCAAGACAGUAUUACAGGACCGUGACCGUGACCGGCGUAUACGUGAGGAACAAGAUCGCGCAUUCAAGGAGACGGCCCGUAGAGAUCGUGAUGCUAUCGAGGCGAGGUUGCGGCAAGAGAAAGAGGAAGAGGAACGUGCACGAAAGCAUGCAGAAGACGUAAAGAGGAAGCAGGAAGAUCUGGCGAAGCAGAAGCAUCAAGCCGGAAUACGCAUGGAGUGGAGGAAGUUCAUGCGCAACCGCCUCCUGUUACCCGAGGCACGCGGCUUGAGACUGGCCGUCAAACUCCCCGGGAAUGGACGAGUCGUCCGCAGUUUUCCUCCGUCGGCGACCCUUACUGCUCUCUAUGCCUUUGCAGACUCGCAGCUUAUCCCGUCCACUUCUCGCCCGGAAGCUGAUCCCUCGCAAGCGCCGGAGGGAGUUGUUGAUAAUAUCCCACAACUUGAUUCUUAUAUUCAGAGCAAGACGGCAGGACACGCGUGGUGGGGCUUUACACUCGCUUCAGCAUACCCCCGGAGGGAAUUCAGGUGGAAGGCGAAUGCAUCUUUGACAGAAACAGGACUGAGAGAUGGAGAGCAAAUUGUCAUGGAAUUAUCCUCCGGACGUGGAUCCACCAAUGAGGCCUCUGACGACGAUUACGAGUCAGAAAGCGAUUAG